AUGUUCAGUUUACGAGUUUCGAGGGUUAAGCCCUUUGGUAUUACAAGAUGCCUCUUUGACAGAGUUUCGGGUAGCGUGUUAAGCCCGACUCUACGAAACACCACCAGGUCUUUUUCUGUGCUCAAUGCCUCGCGGCCGACCAUCUCAGUGCCUCGUACAAGUUCAAUUCUCUCUCAGAUACCAUCCUCAACCUCCCCAUGCCACAAUCAUAUAUCAAGUUCGAUAACCGCCAGUCCGUCCACAUCUCGCGGAUUUUCAUCUACUGCCUCCCUGGGUGUCAAGCGAGACACUUACAACCCUAGCCGAAGGGUUCAGAAGCGCCGUCAUGGUUUUUUGGCCCGUGUGAGAAGUCGGGGUGGCCGCGGAGUUUUGGCACGGAGACGCUCCAAGAGUCGGAAAUACAUGAGCUGGUAG